UUAUAUGCCACUUUUUUAUAUCUAAAUACAGUUUUUUCUAUUUUUUUCAUUUUUUUGCUUCGCAGUUCGCAACGAGCAGGCGUGAUUGUUUUCUGUGUUGUGUAAAAAAGAAAAAUCCAGAGUUAAAAUCAUUCUUCAAGAUGUCUGAAAGUGACUGGGAUACUGUCACCGUGUUGCGUAAAAAGGCACCGAAAGCUUCUACGUUAAAGACUGAAACGGCCGUAAACCUUGCUCGGCGUCAAGGUAUUCCGGUGGAAACCAAUCAGAAAUUCAACGCCGGUACCAAUAAACAACAUGUUGCAACUAAAAACACCGCUAAGUUGGAUCGAGAAAAUGAAGAACUAAAGCAUAAAACGGUUCCGCAUGACGUAGCAAAAUUGAUUAUGCAGGGUCGUCAGUCGAAAGGGUUAAGCCAAAAGGAUCUUGCCACGAAAAUUUGUGAAAAGCCUCAAAUUGUCAACGACUAUGAGGCUGGCCGCGGUAUUCCGAACCACAUGAUUCUUGGCAAAAUCGAACGCGUGAUUGGUAUAAAGUUGCGGGGUAAGGAUAUCGGCACCCCGAUGGUGCCUCCCGGUAAGAAGUGAACGAUGUCGGGAGGCGAAAUAUAAUAAACACAAGUACACAUAUAAACACAUACCCAAUAAAUUUUGAAUCCCAUGCUCACGGGGACGUGGUAUGUGCACAAUGAGCUAAUCGAUACUAAUUCCCUUUUAUAAUUGUAUGGUUUUAUCGAGUGCUUAUUAAGAAUGGCUAUAGAAAGUACUAGAUACCAAUACAGAUCAUAAUAAUUAGACUUGAAAUCUUGAAUGAAAUGAUGUCUAUACAUUGACAGAGAAAUACUGAAAGUGAAACGUUACCAUGCAGGAACAUACAUGUUAAAUAGGUAACUCAUGAGCAUAUUGCCGAAAAAUAAAUUCAUUCAAUUAUGUUAUGCGGUAUUUUCAGUUAGUAAUUAUUGACGAAGAUGACACUUUCAACAAAAUCUUACUGAAUUGGUUGUAGCGAUAGCGAUACUUCUAACAAUUACAAGAAUCGACAUCAAAUCGAUUAACGCUAUCUAAACUUCUGACGCUGAGUCCGCUUUCAGAAUUUGAUUAAUUUUUUGUUCGGCAGACUUUAGCAGCCAACUAUUAGUAUACAGGACAAUUUCGAUGCUAGUGAAAUGAUAUUACUGAUUCCCAGUCGAAACCAGUGUCGUACUCCUAGUCCAACGACGGGCCUUUGGGAAUCUCAAUCUUGUUAGUAAGAUAAAGUCUGUGCGAAGUUUUAGGACAUACUUAAGUAAUUAUUAAAAAAAUAAUUUCACAAAUGAUGUUAUCAAUUUAUUUCAUAAGAUGAUGCAAUAUCGUAAAAAUUAACGAUUCUCGAUUUCAAUGGGGCAUUGAUUUAGUUUUUCAUACAUUAAUUUUUACUGGCGAAUACCAGGCAGCUGACGGAAUGGAAAAUACCAUCCAGCAUCCACUUUCGUUUGACAAAUCGAUCCAUCGCAAUACAAUAAAGCUGUUGAAAACAGUGGUGCGCUUUAUCAGCGUACUACUUUCGAUACACAGAUCGAGAAAUAAAUCGACGCGUCGCACGUAGAUUACUAUAGUUUUUAACUGGAACAGCUAUGACUGUUCAUUGGAAACAAUUAAGUACCAUUUGAGAGUUUUAGUCCCCUAAGUAACAGUAAAAAUCGCAUUGGGGCUGUAAGGCGUUAUGAGCUGCAAGUGAGACGAGGAAACUAUGAGAAUGGGGCCAAAGUUGAACUCAUCUAAGACAACGCGGUAUCCCUAUUCCUAGAUUAACCAUAGAAACAACAUCGGAUUGAAGUGAGAUAUCAGCUGUAUUUUAUUUAUAGUUUCGAAUAUAAGU